UACGGAUAUAUUCUGCAAGAUAUUGCUAUGGAUAAUUCUUACCUAUCUAUAUCAGACAUAUUAGUCACAAAUGAACGAGUUCCAUGCCGAUUUUUACACGAUUUACCAAAAAUGGGAUUUUUAGACCCGUCAGCCGCUGAAGAUGACCUUAAAGCUGGUUCAAACCUUGACGUACCGCUGUGGUUAGCAGAGGCAUUAAAUUCGAGAAGGCCUCCCUUGUUGAACGUGGACCUGCCUAAAAUAUACAAAGAUGCUUACAGGGAAAUCCUCAAUGCAGAUGCCUGUACAGUGGACAUGCACAAGCUAGGGCCCCAUUUCUACGAGCUGGGGUGCUAUGUGGCGAAACAUGAUAUAAAAGGCGAAGUGAAAUCCACUUUAAUCAAUACUUUUAGACAAAGAUUCCGGAUGCUGAUGGCUGCCAGUGUGUCCAGUGACUCGAUUGGUUCCAUCCAGCCCUUGUCUGCCAGCGAGAGAAGACGCGCAGCUACCGCUGCUGUCACAGAGAGGGCUCUGUCCAGCUGGUUACAGAGAGGAGACUGCCCUCUCACUACUGCCAACAUGGUGGCUAAUCAUAGGAAACGGAAACGGGCAGAGAUGGAAAUGUUAUAACAAUAACUUAAUGUAAAUAAAUU